AUGGCUUCCACCUCUGCAACUCUCUUCCUCUCCUUCUCCCUAAUCUCCAUCUCCAUCCCUCCAAUCCUCUCCUCAUCCAUCAUAGAAGAUCUCAACCAACCACUGCCACCUCACUUCCAAGCCACCAUCGUCAAGAACUGCAUCGAAAACCCAUCACUCCGUUACUGCGGUGCAUCCUCCUCCGACCUCUCCAACAUCUUCAAAUCCACUGUCGUCGCCCAUCAUCUCUGCACCGAAUCCAACAACCCCAACUGCCUCGAUUCCUUCACCAAAAUCGACCUCCGGGCCCACCCAAUCAUCACACCCCUCUAUCUAUCCUUCAACUUCUUUUGGAAAUACUGCCCACUAACAAUCUCAACCAUCGAUCUCUCAAACAACUCCCUCAAAGGAGCCUUCCCAACAGACGUCCUCCAUUGCACUCAAAUCCAGUCCCUUGAUCUAAGCCACAACAACCUGAUCGGAGACGUUCCGAUCUCGACCCUUUCCAAUCUAACCAACCUCACAUUUCUGAAUCUCUCUUACAACAGCUUCUCUGAAAGCAAUAUCUCAAAGACCCAACUCUUCAAACGCUUCAAUUCCUCAAGUUUUCUUCACUCAGGUCUCCUUGCAGAUGACCAUAAACUCAACGUGGGGCCCAUCAUUUUAGUCAUUUGUUUCAUGAUCUUCAUCGUUAUGAUGAUCGGUUGUUUUGGGUGGGUGUGUUUUACGCGGCCAGAUCUUCUACCGUUGUUUUUUCAAAGACGGCACCAUUUCACAACGGCUAUGAUAAAGGCGGCUACAGAUGGGUUUUCAGAGGAGAAUUUGGUGGCUAGGAGUUGGACGGUUGAGAUCUAUGGUGGGGUAAUGAGAGAUGGGACAGCAAUUGCCAUUGAGAUCUAUAGAGGGAAGAUCUCGAGCGUUCUUCAUAGAGAAUUCAUUGAAGGGUGUAGGAUUCUUGUUCAAAUGGACCACAAGAACUUGGUUCCGGUUUUGGGAUGGUGUGAUUGUCGGGAAUUAAGGGCUGUAGUGAUGAGAUGGACGGAUGGGGAUAGCGUUGAGAAAUGGCUAUUGGGUGGCCCACCAUGGAAAGUUAGGUUGAAGGUGUUGAUGGGAGUGAUCGAGGCCAUGCGUUAUCUGGAGGAUCAAUGGCCACGAGUUGGAUAUGAUCUUAGGACAAGUAGUGUUCUGCUGUCCAGAGAUUGUGAGCCGUUGAUUUCAAGGUUUAAGGUUCGAGAUCAGAUCAGUACUUCAAAGAAGGUUUAUAGAUUGGGCAUGUUUUUGCUGGAGCUGGUUGCCAACAGGCGUCCACGAGAAGAUUUCGAGAGAGGAGACAUGGGUUUCAUCGAAUGGAUGAGGUUGCAUUAUCCAGGCGAAGUACGGAAGGUGAUGGACGGUUGGAUGAAGAAGACGAGCACCACAUCCGAUCAAGCAAAGCGGGCAAUUGCGGGCACCCGAAUCCAGCCUUCAGCGCAAGUGCGCCGCGCAAGAGCUCCGCACAGAGGGGUUUCCACACUAAAGGACAUCAGCGCUAGGAGUCACGGUUCCAAGGUGAAGAAGGAAGAGCAGUUUGAAGGAGGGCGAAUGCAGAGUAGGGCUCCAUCUGAGGGCAGAGGAACAAUAGCGUCCCCAGAUUUGUGA